AUGGAAACUGGGUUUGUGAACUCGACAAUACUGGAGCGCAAUUCAUUUCUGGUUCAUCCGUUUGUCCCCGAGCCCGGCGCACAGAACCAGUGCACCUUCCCGCCACACUUUCGCCUACCUCAGUUCAGUGAAGUGUCCUCGCUUAUACUGAGUCGCAUGAAAGGCAAUAGCACCGAGCCCCAAACUACUCUCGGACAAUUAAGCACCAGCAAAGCAGACGAUGCCUCAGCCGAUGAACUCACAUUGUUUCUGCCGGGAGACUUUUCGAACAGCGCAGCGACAGGAGUGAAAUACGUGUAUGACAACGACGAUAGCUUCGAGACGGUAGGUAUAGACUUUUCGCAAGAGUCUAUACCAUUUCGAGCGCCGUAUGAGCCAAUAGAUGAAAACGACACUCCUGCGGAGGCUCCGGAGGUCAGCAGAGAAGAAGCCAUCGAGGCGCAAAGGAAAUCAUGGUUGGACGCACUACCAGAGGGCGUGCAGCCGGCCAAGCCAGAAUUGGUCGGAUUUCCUGCCGGUACGGAAGCAUCUGCGUCCGCAUUGACAACCUACUUCUCCAACAAACCCAAGACCGACCUCCUCAACAUCCUCUCCUUUUGCGACCAGCUCGAGCCCCAGCUGCUGGUCGACGUCUUUGUGUCCGUCGCGAAGCGACAUCCAGGCCUACCGAUCUUUGACAGCCCCGAUUGGGAGAAAAAAGUCCGCGAGCAAGAGGCCGCCAAUGCGGCGGCCCUCGACGUGGCGCAGGCUAGAGCCAGGGCGCACCAACGGCCGCGACACGGGCACACACUGCUGAACCCGCGCAUGAGGCAAAGACGAAAAGGCGUGAGAAAGGUUGUUAUUAAGUUCACCACCACAGCCACCACGGAGUCCGCCGGAAAGACGGUGGUGGUACAGGAGGAGGAGACUGAAGACGAGGAGGUGCUGCCGCCUACUUGGCCCAGGGCGGGAGAGGGCCUGUACGCCACUUUACCGCCAGAAGACAAGGACACACUAUAUCUGGCCGACGAGGGCGAUGAUGAAGCGUUCAGUCACUUUUUGGUUGACGGGCUGGGCAAUCUAACAGCACUUGCAGCCUGCGGGUGA